AUAUACCAACGUUGUCUUGCCGCGGUUAUAACAUAGAAUAGCGCAUGAUUGUUAGCGUUUCAGAUCAGAGCAACAAAGCCCUUUGAGUUGAUGACACGGGAUCUGCUGAGUCCCGCCCACACUGGAUGUUUACAGGAUUUUUCCUCUCGGUACACUCGUACAUGCCGCCUGGACGCAGAACAAGUGCAGAGUCUGUUGUAUGUGCUAGGUACAACAUUAAAGGCAAAUCUUAACAGGAGUGCACCUCCCAAGACCAAAUACUUCUCAGUGAAAUGCACGGACAAUGUGCAGUACAUUAUCAGUCCUCUGCCCCAGGCCUCUUCCUACCUUUCCCCUGUGCGUCUUAAGGACAACUCUGUCUUACUCAUCACUAUGAAGGAAGCUAGUACUCAGGAGAAUGACAACAAGCUUUCAGUCUGGUAUUAUGCUGCUAACAAGAAAGUCUUGGACAAAGCAAUCCUGCACUUGACAGCAGUUGAUAUCUCCCUGGAUGUGGAUGCUGACAGAGAUGGUUUUGUGGAGAAGAACAAUCCUAAUAAGAAUGCAUGGAAAUGGGGUCCACGUGGUCAUGGAGCAGUCGUACUUGUCAACUGUGACUCUGAGACUCUGUACAGGAGGAAGCCGGACUACAAAAGAGAACGCAUCCUUAAGUCAUCAGAUGUUAAGGACAUGUCUCCAAUGGUGCUGCGAACUAAAGGCCCGCCCAAGCUUCCAGAAGGCUACAAACUUGUACUGCACAUUUCUCAAAGCGAUGGAGAGAAUAUCAGAGUCUUCAUAACCAGUGGGGAACGUUAUCCUCUGGUACUGAACAGUGAAGUCCUCAGCAAGGAAAUCCCAUACUUGGGAACUGAUGAGAUCAUGUUUUAUGUGGAGGGAGUUUCAUUUCCUGACAAAGAUUUUGAUGGUUUAGUCCACAUUAACCUCAGUUUGUUAGAACCAAUCGGUGAAGGUAUUCCUGAGACACCCAUCUUCACUGACACUGUUGUGUUCAGAGUGGCUCCAUGGAUCAUGACACCUAACACCCUUGAGCCUGUGGAGGUGUUUGUGUGCAGCACAAAAGAUAAUUACAAAUUCCUGAGCAGCAUGCAGAGUCUUGUAGACCGCUGCGGCUAUAAACUGAACAUUUGCUACGAGUACAUGAACCGGGGAGAUCGCUGGAUGCAGGAUGAACUGGAAUUUGGCUAUAUUGAUUCUCCGCAUCACUCAUUUCCUGUUGUCUUGGAUUCUCCCCGGAAUGGAAAACUAGAUGACUUUCCUUAUGACGUGCUGUUGGGCCCAGACUUUGGUUAUGUGACACGAGUGCCAAGCAGAAAAGAUGUGAGUAGCUUGGAUUCUUUUGGCAAUCUGGAAGUCAGUCCUCCAGUCACUGUCAAUGGAAAACAUUACCCCCUGGGAAGAAUCAUCAUUGGAGUGGCCUUCCCUACAGCAUCUAAAGGACGAAAUAUGACAAAAAUGGUCCAGAACUUCCUGUGGGCCCAGACUGUUCAAGAGCCCAUAGCUUUAUAUUCUGACUGGCUAGAAGUGGGCCACGUUGAUGAGUUUAUGUCAUUUGUUCCUGCCAAAGAUAGAAAGGGUUUCCGACUGCUGCUGGCCAGUCCAGAUGCAGGUUACAAACUAUUCAAAAACCUGCAGAAUGAUGGUCAUGGUGAUGCCAUGCUGUUUGAGGAGAUUCCAGAUCAGGACUCUAUAUCAGUGAAUGAAAUACUGGACGAUAAGCAACUGCAAGCUGAAAAUAAUUAUGUUCAGAGCUGCAUUGACUGGAACAGAGAUGUGCUGAAGAGGGAGCUGGGCCUGGAUGACGAAGACAUUAUUGAUCUGCCCAUCCUGUUUAAGUUGUUGGAGUACCGCGGUCAGUACAGAGCAGCGGCCUAUUACCCAGACAUGGUGAACUUGAUAGUCCUGGGGCGAAACCUGGGCAUCCCGAAGCCCUUUGGCCCCCAAGUGAAUGGGGUAUGUGCCCUGGAACAGGAGAUGGUCUCUCUAAUGGGGAACCUGGGCCUGACCUGUACUUUCAUCGAUGAUUUCGCCUCUUACCACAAACUACUGGGAGAGGUGCAUUGUGGCUCCAAUGUCCGCAGAGCUCCUUUUGACUUCAAAUGGUGGAACAUAGAAAUGUGAAAAGCCAUUUAAUUACUUCUCAGUUAAUUGGUUAUUAUUGGUUUUCAAGAUUCAAGAGCAGUGAGUAAUGUGGUAGCAAGACCCUGUUGCCAUGGAAAAUAUUAGGAUAAAAGCAAAAAUCUAGCUACAGUAAACAUAGACCAGAGGGCAAGAUCUCAUUUAUUCUACAAGUAUAUCCUGCUCAUUUCAAAUACGUUGCUUAUGACUGCAAAACUAUAAUUUGAGUUUUUACAUUAAUCAGAAAGAGGAAGGUUUUAUAGGUCAAAAUAUUUCCUGAAACAUAACACAUAUUUG